CCUGAGCACAAUCCUCCACCGUCCGCCCUCGCUUGCCUGGCGUCUCCGGAACAGAAUGCUACCCUUGGCUUCUGCUUGGCACAACCGUCCUCGUCGCAUCCUGUGCUCCUGAUGGGCCACGGCCCUUGGCGGUGGAAGAAGAAGAAGAAGAAGAAGAAGAAGGAAAACAAGAUAUGUCGUCAACCAAAGCCGUCACCGCGGGGCGGAAGAAAGAUGCCAUCCACUUUGUCAAUGCGCGCCCAGCAUCAGAGACCGAACGGAUCAAGAUACAGCGGCUGGUCCGCGCCCACGUGGGAAAAUGGAUCUCCGACCAGACCAAGGAUCGUUCGUCCGGCGCGGACUCUCCGGAAAGCAGCCAGUCCCCCUCGACGCCAGAUCCCUCCAGUCGUUCUCCGCCACAGCCUCCCGCCCCGCCCGGCAUUGGACAUCAUUUAUUGACUCCUCCCAACUGCUCUCCGUCCCCUGCCGCUCUGACGCCUCCUGCCUUCCCUCUGACUGCUCCCUCACGCAACUCCCCCGAAACGUCCGCCCGUCAUAGUUCAUCAAUUUCUCCGCCUCCCCAUGACUAUGGCCUUUCCGACCGUCUGCCCGCUGCCGAGGGUUGGGCGGGCGAGCCUCAUCUCCACUUCGAUCCGGAUGAAAUGGAGCUGUCCCCCGCGACUUCCUGGCAGCUCCAGCAACAGAACCUUGAAGGAAGUCCUUGUGACCAAAGCGAGGCUACAACAAGGACUACGUCCCCCGAAUCCCUCAGCCCACCGGACCGCUCGUCUGCGACACCCCCGGAAAUUAUUGAGACUUUUGGUUGUGCCGCCGUGGAUCCCUUCCAUAUGAACCCAAUGGAUAUGGCAAGAACGGAAGUUGCCGCCACGGAAGAAUAUUGUCUCUAUGUAUUGUGGCCUGGCCUGACACCUGUCUCUCCCGGCCAAGAGGCGCGGCCAGCCAGCUGCAACUGGUUACCGCUUGCUUUAGAGGACCGGACCUUGUUUACGGCAUUCGUGUUCGGCUCGCUUUCCCACAAGCGCCUCCGGUGGGUGAAUGGCUGGAUUUCACGGGACUCCUUCCAGCCGGAAGAGCAGCGGAUCUUGCAGUACUGUGAAAUGGAGACCAUCAAAAACGUGACUCGGGAAGUCAGCAAUCCCAACCGAGCGGUGUGUGAUGCAGUGAUUCUGAGCGUAGUUUGCAUGGCCCAUAAUGUCGCCGAAGACCAUGGACGGGGAGUCCAUCUGACCCCACCGUUUGAUGCGCCGCUACCACGCUUGCAGUGGCUCGAUAUCUACGGCGCCCUUCCACCGAAUCUGGUCCAUAUUAAAGGUCUGGUGCAGAUGGUACGAUUGCGGGGCGGCAUUCAGAACUUGACUCUGCCUGGGCUAGCCGCAACCCUGUCUUUCUCGGACAUUGUGACAUGCAGCACCUUCCUUAUGCCCCCAGUGUUCCCCUUUAUGCCCCUCCACAGAGAGCGGCUGGGCCUUAGCCUGCAGAAAAUGCUAGGGUUCGCGCCCGUAGAUAUUGAGCGCCGAUACGCCCCCCUCCGAGACAUCGGUCUCACCUCCGAUCUAGUGGAGGUCAUAUACGCCAUGUACAUCUACACGAAAAUCGUCGAGGAACAUCUGAAAGCCCACUUAGUCAACCCCGAUUAUUCUCUCAUCUCAGACCAACGCAACCUGACCCACUACACCCUCCUUUCCCUACCGGCCGCCAGUCAACUGGACGGCUUCGCCGCCUACCAACCUCAUGAAAUCAUUUACGAGGCCUGCCGCAUCGCCGCCCUCAUUUUCGGCGUUGGCGUCGUCUUCCCGCUGCCCGCACAGAGCACCCCUCUGGCCCAACUCGCCAAACUUAUCCAAAACGUUCUCCAAAUCUCCGAUCUGGCAUCAACAUGGAACCACCCGCAGGCCCGAAUCGCCCUCUUCUGGGUCCUCAUGCUUGGCGGCAUUGCCGCAGAUGAUCAACCCGAGCGAUCCUGGUUCGUGCACGUCCUUAGCCAAGCCGCCGCCAGCCACGGGAUUGGCUCGUGGUCCGACGCCCGCAAACUCCUCGGCCUAAUGCUCUGGUACGACCGGGCCUGCGACCGAGCAGGCAGCGACCUCUGGGCUGAAGUGAAGCAAUCCCUCAUCAAAAUGGAGGAACUCUCGCCGCUAUAAUACGACAUCUCCUGGCAAGAAUUAUCUUUCGUCUCUCUAAUCUAAUAUACCACAUGCCACGUGGUCCCCCGGAACCUGGAUAGGAUAUGAAUUACGAGGUUAUGAUGCACCGGAUGAUGUGAUGCAGGGGCUGGCGGAUUUCCCGCUGGGUAUCUACAGUAUAUUAGACCUGUGUGUAACUACGACAAAUUCUAUAUAAACCAAUACCUUGCAAAGGCUGGUGGGGAU